AAAAAAGGAAAAAAGAAAUAUAUAUAUAUAUAUAUAUACACACACAUGGGUUCCCUUCCUUACAUUGUCGAAGAUUGCAUGGGCGUGCUCCAACUCUACAGCGACGGCACCGUCUUCCGCUCCGACGAAAUCCGCUUCCCGUUUCCAAUCACCGACGACAGCUCCGUCGUCUUCCGCGACGUUCUCUACGACGCCGUUCACGGUCUCCACCUCCGUCUCAUAAAACCAGCAGUAUCAUUAAAUUCCAACACUAAACUUCCAGUCCUGUUCUUCCUCCACGGCGGUGGUUUCUGCGUUGGCUCCCGAUCCUGGGCGAAUCCGCACAAUUGCUGCGUUCGGCUUGCCCUAGGGUUGGAAGCGCUAGUAAUCGUGCCGGACUACCGUCUAGCACCGGAAAAUCGGCUUCCUGCGGCGGUGGAAGACGGAGAAAAAGCGAUCGAGUGGGUGAGAAAGGGGGAAGACGCGUGGAUUGAAGAAGGAGCGGAUUUGGAGAGGGUAUUUGUGAUGGGAGACUCGUCGGGAGGGAACAUUGCGCAUCAUUUGGCGGUAGGGUUUGGGAAUGAUCGUGGAAGAUUUGGAGUGAGAAUUAGAGGAUUUGUUUUAAUGGCGCCGUUCUUCGGCGGAGUGGUGAGGACGAAAUCAGAGGAGGGUCCGCCGGAAGAUUUUCUGAACUUGGACGCGCUUGACAGGUUUUGGAGGCUAUCAUUACCCUUGGGAGAAGAUAGAGACCACCCAUUGGCAAACCCAUUUGGGCCAUCAAGCAAGAGCCUUGAAGGAGUGAAUUUGGAGCCGAUCAUGGUGAUGGUUGGUGAAAAUGAAUUGCUGAAAGACAGAGUCCAACACUAUGCCAAAACACUCUCACAAUUGGGACACAGAAUUGAGUAUGUGGAGUUUGAAGGCAAACAACAUGGGUUCUUCACUAGUUCUCAAGAUACUCAACUGGGCGAUCAAGUCCUGGCUAUUAUCAAACGUUUUAUGCUUCAAAACUCUCUUUGAAUUUCACAUACUGAAUUAUCCUGAUGAACUAUCCAUAGUGUUCUUCCAUGUGAUUCAUGAAAGUUUGUCAAAGAUAAUAAGUUGAAUAAAUAAAUGGUAACAGGUGUUCUUCGAUCGGAGAUUUACAG